AUGCAGAGCUCGGGCUACAAACGUCGCAAGACAGCGGGGUUCGCAUACCCUGCCAUCCCAGCCAGGGACCAAGACAUUCCUCCCUAUAGUCCCGCAAGCAAGUUAAAUUCAUUCCGAAUUCGACAUGUAUAUGUCUCCUCUGGAGAUAGCUCACCAGUAGAGGCUCUUCGCGCGGAAUCAAUAACUCGCAUCAAUAGAGAGAAUGAGCAGUUUGUCAGAACCCACCAUUCAAGUCUGUCUUCGCAAAUAUAUGUGUGUGUCUCGGAGUCUGAGUUCGGACAGCCUGUUUGGCUUGUCAGCUCUCCUCUCGCCGCGUCCCAAAGUGUGUAUGCUGGCGGUCGACCUAUCCAUUACUACCCCGGAGAUUAUAAGCAAGAGAAACCUUAUAGUCCACUCACCCCCCGAUCGCCUGAAAAAUACAACCAGCACUUUGACCGAUACAUCAACCCGAGGCGAUUCCUCACACCAGCUGAUCUCGACAGCCUUCGAGAAUUGUUUCCAGAGGCGAUUGGUGUCCACCUACUUAUCGCAGGCUUCUUGGUCAUCCUUUUUGGAGAAGAACGACACGUACUUGAUGCGUACGAUAACGUGUCGCCUCUCGAGCUUGCCGGUCUUCGAGUCUGUUUUCAACUUACCCACUAUAACUUCACCACAGCACCUGUCGAGUCCGGAAUUACUCUUAAAGAAACUUCCAAAAAAGAAAACAAUGCUUUCGCUGGAUGUCUCGGACUAAAGCUCGAAUUGCAGGAUGGUUCUACGGCAAUCACAACUGUGACUCAUGGUUUCGUCCGUAACCCGUCCCCCUCGAGGUUUGACAAAGGACUGCGAGUGUUUGAGAUGAUAGUCGAUCAAAUGAAACAGAACAUGCGACGGUUUCUACCAUUCAAAGCAGGAGGAUAUGACCGUGCCUUGGUCGUGGCGAAGGAAACCCUAACCGACAAUGACCCGAUCGGAACUAUAACCCACACGUACGAUAACCCAAGCAACGACAAACCAUACCCUGCCGGUUACAAUCACGACCUAUGUUUAAUUUCAGGUCGUUCUCUUCCUGAUGUGGUCAGCCCUCCUGGCUAUCCCUCGGUGACAGGGUGGGCGAGCUAUUCGAAAGCCUUGGAUGGACAAGAAUGUUAUGUCGUUGCUCAAAACGCGAGCACUGGGGUCAUCCGGGAGGUUCAAGGUGUCAUUAACUCGAAUUUGUUCCGCAGGGCAGCCGUGAUGGGGACAGGUUACUCCUGGGACAAAAUCCGAAAACAAAGUAACGCGUUUCUGCUAUGGCAUACAGAUCAAUAUCAAGGGGAUCAUUUGGCCCCAGCGGAUGGAACUUCGGGCCCCCCCCUCUGUUUAGGCCGCCCAUCGGAUAAGGCCGCCCUGGCAGUGGUGUUUCAGAACUUCCAGCAGCCCUGUAGCCUUGUCCUUCCGGUUGGGAAAAGGCAUGAACAUCUCAAAAUUCUAGUUAAAGCAGGGUUUAUUCUCCCACAGGAAAUCAGGGAUUCGACAAUUCUUAGCGGCGAAACACCAACCGGUACCACACCAUUCAAUACCAUACCGGCAGGGAACCGAGCAUCAAUAGAACACGAGCAUCAAAGAUGUGUUCUUUCGUCGUCUGAUUGA